AUGGAAGAUAUGCUAUCAAGAGUGUUGAAAAAGGUGGAGUCAACCGAUUCCUUUUGCAAAGAAACAAGGGAUGAAAUGAAAAUCUUGGGGCAAAUUGUAGGUUCUCAUUCAACUUCCAUCAAGCAAUUAGGGUUGCAAAUUGGCCAAAUCUCGGCCACUUUCAACCAAAGACAAAAGGGUAAACUCCAUAGUGAUACGGUUGCAAAUCUAAGGAAUAAUGGUGAUAAUAAAUGCAUUGCAAUCACUACUAGGAGUGGCAAGACAAUUAGGAGAGAGGCAUUGGUGAAAGAUGAUGUAGCGGUAGAUGAUGAGAAAAUGGUUAAAGAACCCAUCGUUGUUGAGGAAGAAGUGACUCCAAAGAAUAAGAGGGCUAGUAUUGAAAAGCCCAUUAUUGUUGAAGACGGUCUGGAAAUUGAUGAAGCUUCAAAAGGCGAGGAAGCGGUAGAGAAGGUGCCAAGGGAUUUACCGCCCGUUCCAAAGCCUCCAUCUCCAUUUCCUCAACGAUUGGAAAAGAAAGCGGAUGAUGGAAAAUAUCUCAAGUUUAUCGAGAGAUUGAAAGGGUUUUCAACUAACAUUCCCUUGGUGGAAGCACUAGAACAAAUGCCUGGUGAUGCAAAAUUCAUGAAAGAUCUUGUAACUAAGAGGAGACAUGCUAGUUUUGAAACGGUGGGAGUUACACAUCAUUGUAGCUCUAUUGUGAUGAAGGCUUUGGUUCAAACGAAGGAAGAUCUGGGAGAUUUCACCAUUCCUUGCACAAUUAGGAUGUAUAAAUUUGCCAAAGCACUAUGUGAUCUUAGAGUAAGCAUUAACUUGAUGCCACUUGCUAUUUUCAACAAGUUGGGUUUGGGCACUCCCCGACCUACAACAAUGAGAUUGCUAAUGUCGGAUAGAACCGUCAAGAAACCAGUUGGUAUCCUCUAUAAUGUGCUUGUGAGAGUUGAUUGA